AUGGGAUGUGGCACCUCGGCCGCUGCCACAGAAACGCAUGUCAAAAGAGUGGAGAAGAUAGAAGGUGAAGCGAGCAGAAAUCCCAGCCGGGCUCUGACGAUGAAGGCCGCGGUCCUGAUCCAGCAGUGGUACCGUCGCUACAUGGCUCAUCUGGAGAUGCGGAGGCGGUACACCUGGAACAUCUUUCAGUCCAUUGAAUACGCAGGAGAGCAGGACCAGCUGCAGCUCUCCAGUUUCUUCAGUUUCAUGAUGGACAACUUCACUCAACUCAAUGGAAAUGGACCAGACCUGAUCUCUCAGCUGCUGGAGCCGGUGCUGGAUCCGUGGUUGGGCAAAGAGAGCGGCUUCAGCUCCAUGGCCGUCCCGGACUCGUACACUGGCCCCCGGCUCUCCUUCCCCCUGUCUGUGUGUGAUACCAACGCUCUGCUCCACGCCUUCAAGGAGCAGCAGACUCUUCAUGCCAAAUAUCUGCUUCAGUUGUUGUAUGAAACCAAAAAGCUCCUGAGACAGAUGCCCAACAUUGUCCCCCUGUCCACGUCCUACACAAAAGACAUCACCAUAUGUGAGACUCCUUACGUGUUUAACGGGGACUUUGUGGAUCGUGGUAAAAAGUCCAUUGAAGUGGUCGUCCUGCUGUUUGCCUAUUUCCUGCUGUACCCGGAUUACAUGCAUCUGAACCGCGGGAACCACGAGGACCACAUCAUGAACCUCAGAUAUGGCUUUACCAGAGAAGUCAUGCAAAAGUACAAGACCCACAGCCGGGAGAUCCUGCAGCUGUUCCAGGACGUGUUCAGCCUGUUGCCUCUGGCCGCAAUCAUCGAUGGGAAAAUCCUGAUCGUUCACGGAGGGAUCUCAGACCAAACCGACCUGGACUUCCUCUGCUCACUGGACAGACACAAGGUGAAGUCUGCGCUGCGUUUGCCCCGACAGAGUUUUGAGACACUGGACCUAGCACAAAACUGCAGACAAACCAGACUGAGACCCGACGGAUCUCGCCCCAACAGCAGAAACCAAAGAACUCCCAAUCAAAGCAGACGGAGGCGUGGACCACCCCCGCACCAGGACAGUGCUGUGUCCUGCUCUUCCUCCUCCUCCUCCUCUUCCUCCAUGUCCCCGCUCUGCUCGCCCCGAAGCCCCUCCUGUCUCUCUCCACACCCCCGGUCUCCCAGCAUGCACUUCACCCUGCACUCACUUCAGGUGCCCUUCCUGGACUCUUUGUCAUCACUGCCGCCUCCUACUCCUCCUCAACAUGAACGAGAGUGGAAGCAGGUAAUUGAUAUUUUGUGGAGCGAUCCUAAAAACCAAGAUGGCUGCUUUCCAAACUUGUUCAGAGGAGGAGGCUGUUACUUUGGUCCAGACGUGACUGAGAGACUGAUGCUCCAACACGGACUGAAGCUGCUCAUCCGCUCUCAUGAGUGCAAACAGGAGGGGUACGAGCUCUGCCACGGAGGACGGGUCAUAACCAUAUUUUCUGCAUCAAACUAUUAUGAAGAAGGAAGUAACCGAGGAGCUUACAUCAAAAUGGGGAAAGAUCUAGUCCCUCGCUUUUACCAGUAUCAAGUCGGACGCAGCACUCGCAAACUCACGCUCACUCAGAGAGUGCGUGUUGUGGAGAGUUCAGCGCUCAGGGCCUUGAAAGAAAAGCUGUUUACUCAUCGUUCUGAGUUAAUGGCGGCUUUUAAAGAGUUUGAUCACAAUCUCAAAGGGUGUGUCUCUGUGAGCGAGUGGGCCCAUGUGCUGGAGUCCACGCUGAGGCUGGACCUGCCCUGGAGAACACUCAGGCCUCACUUGGUGCGUGUGACAGCAGAGGGCGCUGUGGAGUACGGCUCAUGUUUUGAGGAUAUGGGCUCUGGGACACAGCUGGCUCAGGUUACUCCAAACUUAGCAGAGACUCUUUUCAGAUACCGGACAGACAUUGAGAUAAUUUUCAACAUUAUCGACAAAGACCAUUCUGGGCUGAUCUCGAUAGAGGAGUUUCGUCAAACGUGGCGUCUGUUCAGCGCUCAUCUCGGCGUGGACAUAAACAACGCAGCGAUAGACGAUUUGGCCCGAAGCAUCGACUUUAACAAGGACGGAUCCAUCGACUUCGCUGAGUUCCUGGACGCUUUUCGAGUGGUGCACAAACUGGACAAGGACCAGCAGCUGAGCAGGAAAAUCACAAACGCAGAAACUUUUUAG